AUGUCAACCAAUCUGACCCUCACGGCCCGCGAGCUCGAACUCCUCAAAGAAGUCGGCAAACAUCUUCAAACCGCUUCCGUCGACUGGUCCUCCGUCGCUCAAAACAUCAACUACAAAACUCCCAAAGCCGCUCGCGAUAAAUGGUAUCCACUUCGUGAUAAACUCUUUGGAGGAGCUGCGGAGAGCACCAACAACACCAGCAGCAGCAGCAGCAGCAACAAGAAGAGUGGUGGUGGUGGGAAGGAUUUUGCUACGACGCCUCUUCGUGCGAAGAAGAGGAAAUUUGUACACGCCAUCCAAGACAACAAUGAAGAUGAUGAAGAAUUCAAACAAGAAGAAGAAAAAGGCACACCGUCGAGAAUGAAGACGUCGAAGAAGAUUUUCAAGGCAAAGGCUACAGACAAGGGAAAGAAUGCUGCUACUGCUGAGAAUGAGGCUGAGAAUGAAGAAGAUGAAGUCAAAGUCGAAGUCAAACCGGAGCGUGUGGACAAUGAUGAAGAUGAUGAGGAUGAGGAUCAGGAUGGGUAUUUGUUUUAG